ACGUCGUGCGGCACCCUAAGGAUGUGAUUGUUUCCUACUUUCAUCACCACAAACUGUUCAAUAGGCAUGGCUUCCUCGGAGAUGUGGAACUUUUCGCCCAAUACUUCAUGAACGAUGAAGUUUAUUACUCGCCGUACUUCCCUCACGUUCUGGACGCUUGGUCUAAACGCAAUCAUCCCAAUAUGUUGUUCCUGUUCUACGAAGAUCUAAGAAAGGAUUUGCGCGAGGGAGUGAUACAAAUAGCCAAAUUUCUCAAGAAAAAACUAACGGAGAAACAGCUAGCGGAUGUAUGUGAGCAUCUGAACUUGGAAACUUUCGCCAACAACGAAUGCAUCAACUACGAAAAAAUGGCUAAAAGUAUCGGCCUAUUGGAGAAACCUGACCAACGUUCUCUGCAUUGUAACAAACCGGAAGAUUUGGAGAACGUCUUUAGUCCGGAAAUGAAUCGUCGCAUUGAAGAAUGGAUCGACAAAAACCUGGAGGGCACCGAUUUCCACUUUGCAUAAUCAGUGAAUAACUGGAGUCACC